AUGUCAAAACGCCUGAGGUUGGAUGCUUGUGACGAAGCUGUACCUGGUCCGUCAUGGCCUGAAACUGUACCAUCACAACCCCUAACACAGGGUCCAUCCUCUGCUGAGCUGCCAACUGACUCCCGACAUCAGAAGGUUGAGCCGCAGCGAUUCAAAUGUGCCAGCUGCAAAAAAGCUUUUGCUAGCCGUUCUAACCUGACUCGCCAUAUGAAGGACCAUGAUUCAUCUACCUCUGUAAGCUGUGAACACUGCGCAGCAACCUUCACUCGGAAGUCUAAGCUCAUAGAACACAUCAACUUCUCCUGCCCCGCCAUGAAGGAGAGGAAUGCAGCGCAGUCGACUACGUCGCAGCUGCCUACUACCUCCAACGGUGGGGACGAUGAUGUAGCUGGCUUCAGGGUGACCGAGUCGGCCUUCCAGUCACGGCUUCGAACGUACGAGCUAAAGAAGUCGUUGUACAGCAGUAAGUUCACGAUGCAGCUGUUCUUAACUUUUAUUUUUGAGCAUCUGGUCACCCUGCUGGCUAGGAUCCUUGAGAUGUAUGAUAGUGUUAAGAUAAAUGUAUUCAUGGAAUGUGAAUUUGAAAAUGUCAAAGGGGAGACAUGCUUGCGUAACUUCAAAACUGUGUUCACUCCUCUCCUGCAGGCUACAGAUAUAGAACAGUUCUGUUCCAACAUGUUUGCCAAACUCAUCCAUGAAAAGGAAGAGUUGGUCAUGAAGGGAUCAGGCUGGGCUUUUCUGCGAGUCACUAAAUUCGAAGUUAGGGUAAAUCGUUACGUUCCGCUCAGGGGAGGAUCGGGUUACAUACCACUACCGAAAAGGUUUAAAGGUGUUGUCAACACCCGAAACCUGGACGAUAGAUGCUUUUUCUUUGCAAUUUUGGCAAAAUUUGUGACUAGCAGAGACGCUAGAGAUCCUAAUAACUACCCGCGAGAAUUGGCAGAUAAGUACAAUUGGCAAUGUAUCGAUUUCCCGGUGAAACUAAAAGAUAUCCACAUCUUCGAAAAAGUUAACAAUAUUUCUAUCAAUGUAUUUGGUUUGGAUAAGGAUGGUGCUGUGUAUCCGCUGAAAGUGUGUGAUGCACCUUUAGAAGAUCACAGAGACCUUUUGCUUCUAACCAACAAAGAUCAAAAAUCGCAUUAUGUGUAUAUAAAAGAUUUCAAUUCAUUAGUACAUAGCCAGCUGACCAAAGACUGUAGACAAAUAUUUAGCUGUAAGAAAUGUUUCGCAUUUUUUCAGGACACUAACAAUAAGCUAGGUAUUAGUCCACAAGAGAGAUUGAUUGAGCAUGAACGUUACUGUAGCUUUAAGUCACCGUUAAGACUUGACCUUUCUGAAGACCCCACGAUCUCCUUCCAACAUCCUGAGCGGUCUCAAAAACAGCGUUUUGUGAUUUAUGCUGAUUUUGAGACGUACAUGCAACCAAAUGAUCCACUGUCAGACAACCCCAUCACUCAUAACCAUGUCCCAUACUCGUACUGUUACCUCAUCAAAGAUUCGCAGGAGGUAUUCACUGAAAUCCGCCGUUACAGAGGUCCCGAUGCAGCCAAAGAAUUUGUCAAGUCUGUGAGACAAGAUGCGCUGCGUAUCGGUGAUAUUCUGUACGGUGACAGGCACAUGACCCCACAACUAUCCCCUGACCAAGAACGCGCUUUUCAAGCCGCCACUACCUGCCACAUCUGCGGCAAAGCUUUCUCGGACAGUGAUAAAAAGGUUAGGGAUCACAUGCACUCCACCCCAUACACGUACCGAGGCGCAGCCCACAACUCGUGCAACCUUAAGUUCCACGAGCAAAACACCAUCAAUGUUUACUUCCAUAACCUAAGUGGUUAUGAUGGUCACUUCAUUAUACCUGAACUGGACGCUUUCCCAGGUGAAAUUUCCGUAAUACCCACAUCUGAGGAAAAGUACAUUAGUUUUACUAAAUAUCUCCCAUUCAAGAAGGCUGUACGAGGUGUACUUAAGCUUCGUUUCCUGGACACAUUAAGGUUUCUACCCUGUAGUCUUUCAAAGUUGGCCGAAUCCCUUCCAAAAGAUUCCCUCAAGGAGACCAGGAAACAGUUCCCUGUAGAUGAGCAGUUUGACCUGCUUACUCGAAAGGGUGUUUUCCCAUACGAUCAUGUUACUUCUCUUUCUACCUUAGACGAGCCCCAGUUACCAGAAAAAGUCCAAUUUUACAGUAGGCUUUCUCUUGAGCACAUCUCAGAUUCUGACUACGCUCAUGCUCAGAGAGUAUGGCGCACGUUUAACAUUAGAGACCUCGGUCAAUACAGUGAUUUGUACAUGCUCACUGAUGUCCUGCUGCUCACAGACAUCUUUGAGAACUUUAGGGAGACAAGCUUGAGAACGCACAAGCUGGACCCUGCCCAUUAUUUGACCCUUCCAAGCUUCAGUUGGGAGUGCAUGUUAAAGCAUACAGGCGUUGUCCUGGAGACCCUUCAAGACCAUGACAUGUACCUCUUCUAUGAAAAAAGUAUUAGGGGCGGAAUUUCGCAAGUUUGUAAGAGACGAUCUGUGGCCAACAACAAGCACUGCGAAGGUUAUGAUCAGUCCUCACCAUCGAAGUAUAUUACAUACUUAGAUGCAAAUAAUUUGUAUGGAUGGUCCAUGUCACAAAACCUACCAACAGGUGGCUUCAGUUGGCUUAGCCGUGAAGAAAUUGAAAAUCUAGAUGUGGUGAAUGUGCCUGAUGAUUCAGAAGUCGGCUACUCCUUGGAAGUCGACUUGGAAUACCCACCUUCCCUUCAUGACGCUCACAGAGACCUACCAUUCCUCUGUGAGAGGAAAGCCCCUCCUGGUGGAAAAAUGCCCAAACUCCUUACCACCCUUGAAGACAAGACUAACUAUAUCCUACACUACCGAUCCCUGAAACAAUCCCUCCAACACGGACUGAAACUGACUAAAAUCCAUAGGGUAAUCAGGUUCAACCAAUCUCCCUGGCUUAAGUCGUACAUUGAGCUCAACACGGACCUACGUAAACAGGCUAAAAAUGAUUUUGAGAAAGAUUUGUUCAAGUACUUCAAUAAUUCAAUUUUUGGGAAAACCAUGGAAUCCUAUCGAAAAAGGAUGGAUUUCAGGAUUGUGUCUGAUGCGAGAAAGUUGGAAAAAUGCAUUGCAAAGCCUAACUAUCUGCACAGUACAAUCUUUACAGAUUCAAUGGCUGGUUGCCACUUUUCAAAAACUAAUAUUGUGCUUGAAAAGCCUAUUUACGUAGGGUCGUCCAUCCUAGAUUUAAGUAAGGAGCUCAUGUACUCGUUUUACUAUGACGUUCUAGUUAGGCAUUUUGGGGCAGAGAAUGUGAAGCUCUUGUACAUGGACACAGACUCUUUUGUGUUGGAAAUCUUCACAGAGGACCUGUACGAGAGUUUCCGUUCUCUGAUGGAGCACUUGGAUACGAGUGGGCUGCCCAGGGACAACCCCUCGUACAGCCCCAUCAAUGCUAAAGUUAUCGGCAAGAUGAAAGAUGAGAUGAACGCUGUCAAAGUAUUCCAGUCUUUGGUGUUUAUCCAGAUAAAUUGCGAUCCAGUGAGUGCCUCUCUUGGUGUGCGGGUCAGUGUUGACUACAAACGCUGUUGA